AUGGUAACCAGAAUCAAUGUCUUGUUUAUCUUCCUAUUCACGACGAUAUUUUUCAAUACUUCCAACAUAACCCAAGCAAGACAACAUAAAAACCCUAGUUCCUCAUCAUCUUCCUUUCUUGUUCUUGCCUUGACCAAAUCAAGUGUUUCGCUUCCCACACCAAAGUCUCAAACCCAAGAAAGAAUCAAGAAGCCUUUAGAAUCAUCAAUAGGUGCUGAAAUGGAGCCCUUGAGAGAAGUGAGAGAUGGUUAUUUGAUAACCUUAAACAUUGGAACACCUCCACAAGCAGUCCAAGUGUACAUGGACACAGGGAGUGAUCUCACAUGGGUCCCAUGUGGGAAUCUAAGUUUUGAUUGCAUAGAUUGUUACGAUUUUAUGAACAACAAUCUAAAAUCAUCGUCAGUCUUUUCUCCUCUUCACUCAUCCUCAUCUCUUAGAGCCUCUUGUGCUAGUUCUUUUUGCGUUGAGAUUCAUAGUUCAGACAAUGCUUUUGACCCUUGUGCAAUAGCUGGUUGCUCUGUGGGUAUGCUUCUCAAGUCCACUUGCUUAAGGCCUUGUCCCACCUUUGCGUAUACGUAUGGUGAAGGUGGUCUUGUCUCUGGAAUACUAACCAGAGAUAUAUUGAAGGCUCAAACAAGGGACGUCCCAAGAUUUUCCUUUGGGUGCGUUGCAUCCACUUACCACGAACCUAUAGGCAUUGCCGGAUUUGGAAGAGGUUUGCUAUCUCUCCCAUCGCAAUUAGGGUUUGUUCAAAAGGGAUUUUCUCAUUGUUUCUUGCCUUUCAAGUUUGUCAACAACCCUAACAUCUCAAGCCCUUUGAUCUUAGGAGACUCUCUUUUAUCCGGCAAUCUCACAAACUCUUUGCAGUUUACUCCCAUGUUGAAUACUCCAAUGUACCCUAACAGCUACUACAUUGGCUUAGAAUCCAUUACAAUAGGUACAAAUGUCACCGCCACACAAGUUCCCUUAACGUUGAAACAGUUUGAUUCACAAGGAAAUGGAGGAAUGUUGAUCGAUUCAGGUACAACUUACACACAUUUACCCAAUCCCUUGUACUCACAAAUCAUCACAAGUCUCCAGUCAACGAUCACAUACCCUAGAGAAACGGAAACAGAAUCAAGAACAGGCUUUGAUCUAUGCUACAAAGUCCCAUGUCCUAAUAACAAUCUCACUAGUCUCGAAAACGACGCAGUGAUGAUGUUUCCUUCGAUCACGUUCCAUUUCUUGAACAAUGCAGCCUUAACUCUUCCGCAAGGCAACUCGUUUUACGCAAUGAGUGCACCUAACGACGGUUCGGUUGUGAAAUGCUUGUUGUUUCGGAACAUGGAAGAUGGAGACUACGGUCCGGCCGGGGUUUUUGGGAGCUUUCAGCAGCAGAAUGUGAAGGUUGUUUAUGAUUUGGAGAAAGAAAGAAUAGGGUUUCAAGCUAUGGAUUGUGUCACGGAAGCUGUUUCACAUGGACUUUACCAAGGUUCGUGA